UAAUCGGGUAUGUUAAUUGAAAAAUACAUUAAUACUGAAUCGACUAAACGUAAAUGCCAUUCUUGUUGGCUAUAUUAAUAGUUUAGUUACAUUUCGUUAAUUAUAUCGAUCAAUAUUGCGUGUGUUAUUUCGCAAAAAUGUAUGCAAUAAAAAGUGUCGUCAUUUGAAAUCCUUAAAGAAUAAUACAUUUCAAUUAGUUGUUUCUCUAGAUAUGUUUACAUAAAGAUUUGUGUAGGUAUACGGUGAUAAACGAAAACGCAUAUCAUUUUGAUGCGUGACUUUUGUACCGUGGUUAAGUUAAAAGUGUUGACGUUAAAGCAAAUAAGAAAACGAUAGAUAUGGCCGAUGAAAAACUUGUAAAUCAAACAGAAGAUCAAGAAUUAAACGACUUAUUGGACAGUGCUUUAAAAGAUUUCAUUAAAGAACAACAAACAAGUAAAGAUGAUACCAGCAAAAUAGAUACUUUUGAAUCUACAACAGGAGAGAAUAACGUUGAAAAUGUAGAGGAUGCUUGGACUACAGAUUUUAUUAAAGGUGCCGCGGAGCAAUUCGAAGAGAAUCUACAGAAUUUAAUAAAAAAUGGAGCCGACCCCGAACUUGGAGCUUCUUUUCAAAGAGUGGCACAAUCACUUGCAAGUGCAAUCGCGGAUGACAAUAACAGCGACAAAGAUAGCAUGAGUACAGACUUUCAAUCUACCAUUGCACGAGCAUUAAACGAUCUGUCGGCAACAUCUGAAAAUUUACAGAGUGAAGCUGAUUUAUCUGAAAUGUUUCGACAAGUAUCUUUGGAAGAUGGCCCUGGUACUAUUUUGCCAUUUAUGCAAGGAAUGCUGCAACAUUUGCUAUCAAAGGAAAUUUUAUAUCCGUCGAUGAAAGAAUUAGUCGAUAAGUAUCCGGAAUGGUUGGAAGAAAAGAAGACAACCAUAUCGUCCAGUGAGCUGGAAAGGUUUAACAAACAACUACAAUUGAUGCAACAGAUAUGUUCCGAACUUGAAAAGGAAAAAGACGAAGACACAGAAGAAAUUAAAAGAAAACGUUUCGAAAUGAUAAUAUCGCUUAUGCAAGAAGUGCAAGGAUGUGGCCAGUUACCCGAGGAACUUGUAGGAGAACAAACAAUGCCUUUUCAAACCGAUGCCGAAGGCGAUCCUAUUAUUCCAGCGUUAUUUCGUGGCAUGGAGUCGCCGCAAAAUUGUCGUUUAAUGUAAAUCAAUUUUCAUAAGUAUUUGAUAUUUGAGAGAAAUUGAGAUAAUGAAUUCGGGAUUUGCAAUGCGCUGAUGUUUUAGUCAUGUACAAUUGAUAAGUGGUGAACUAUUGUAUUUAAUACACUUUAUUAUUCUCUA